UUCAAAAAUGGAUAAUCCAUCUAAAGAAAUCGACUUAUUAUUGCAAUCUUCAUAUGAUAUGACAAUUCUAACAAAACAAGGAGAGUACAACGUGGACAGCAUGCUCAGUCGGGCUCAUCAUGUUGCUUCACGAAUUUCAUCAAUGUAUAAAUAUGAGAAGCUUUUACAGGACAUGCAAGAUCUCACAGUGAACGGAAAUCGGCGCAAGCUGAUUCUGAACGAUCUACAACGGGAAAAUAAGCAGAUUAUGGCGUUGCAAGACGAGAAUCGUCAGUUGAGAGAAACGACACAGGAAUAUUUGGCCACAAUGAGAAAUAUUCUUGAUUCACACGCCGAGAUUGAGGGCAGUAUUGAGAUGGGUCAAAUGAACAGUGAUAUUGAUGAUGCAGAUAUUGAUCGAAUUAUCUUUGAAAUGGCGAACACAGACCAAGAAGCCAGAUUGAAAAAGAAGGCACUGGAGAUGGAGCUGAUGAUGGAUGAUCUCGAAAAAAUGCGAAAAGAAGAGUAUCAAGAAUUGCAGCUUGCAGUGCAGAGAAACAAGAAUUACAAAGAGCUCUUCAAGCUGGCAUGCUUCUCCAAUCAAUCUGCAAAUAGUAUUUUAAAUUCCGCUAUGAAAAUUAUCAGCGAGGGAGACGGAUUCGAUGACGAUGAAGCUCAAGAAAAUGAAGAUCUGAAUGAGACAAUAAUUCAUAAAAAGCAGUGAUUUAUUAUCGAAAAAAAACAUGUAAAUCAUAAUGAUACCAGCGGUGCUUUAUACCUGACAAAUAAAUAUUGAGAACUUGAAA